AUGGGACGGAGAAAGAUUGAAAUCGAGCCAAUUACGGACGAGCGAAACCGGACAGUGACGUUUGUCAAGAGAAAGGCAGGUCUCUUCAAAAAAGCUCAUGAAUUGGCGGUUUUGUGCCAGGUUGAUCUCGCGGUCAUCAUCCUUGGAAACAACUCCAAAGUGUACGAAUACAGCAGCGUUGAUACAGACGAGCUUUUGAAGACAUACAAGCAUAUUGACAUCAAGUACGAGGCCAAGUCGCCGGAAGAUUAUGGUGGCUACAAGAAAAAAAAGCAUGUUGGAGGUGCUCCACUUAUGGGCAAUAUUGGUGAUUAUGCCAACGAUGAAGACGAAGAUUCGGAGGCUGACUACGACUCAUCCACUCCUCCUAGACGUAAGAAACGGAAGCGGGAGCUGGAACCCAGCAUUCCUAUCCGAAUAGGUCGUCCAUAUGGCGAGUCUGACCAAAGCUCAGUCGCCCCGCCUGCGCCUCCCCAGGUUCAUGUGGACCAUGUGGCCCACCAAAGGCCUGUAUUGAGAGUGCAAAUUCCUUCUGAUGUCAAGGGUAAGAUCGAUGAUAGCGCAAAGACCAUUACUGCCAUUGAUGUUACUCGACAAGAAACUCCAGAUAAUUCCAAUCUGGCAGUCAGCGACAAUAGUGAUCGCAAUGCCAAUGGUAAUACAACUCCCAGUAUCAGAACCAAGUAUUUGGACUCGUUCAAGCCAAAUGAUAGCCAUAAACCUACAUUGCCGUUGCCAGUCCAGAGUAAGAAUCAACUCAGUCCGUCUAGUGCAACGGCACCUGGAUUACCAGCAAGUGCCAUGGCUCCUGGUUUCUAUGGUCCACUUCCACAGCCUCUGCCCGUAGGUGGUCCUACUUCGGGACAGCCGUACCAAUGGCAGGUUCCUGGAGGUCCACCAUCAGCUCAGCAUUCGCCGUCUACACAAAAUCUUCCCAAAAUGCCCAAUCCACCAUUCAAUAAUUACAACAAAUUACGACCUCUUCAUGGCCAACAGUAUCCUGUUUCUGUGCAUCAGCCUUCCGGGGCUCCUGUAAUGGGGGCAAUAAAUAACAAUUCGGGCGGAGAUCAGACUCCACAAUCGGGACUACCAUCUCGUUACGUUGACCUUUUUCCAUCUCCAUCAAAUUUUUAUCCUCCUCAAGACUGGCCCCAACCAGGUAUGACCCCCAUGACCAAUGGUAUGCCUCAGUACUUUAAUAUGAUGCCAUCUGGUGGUCCAUGGCAAGGCCGACCUACACCACAGCAGGGAAAGCUGGAACCACUGCCGUCGCUGAUGUAUGAAGUCUACGAUAAAAAAAAGGAAUGA